GACCAGGGGAAAAUGUUUGCUGCUAAAGAUGAGGGACUGACUUCUGUUCUAAUGGAAACGUGUGGUUACCAUGAAGGAAACUCUAAUCCACCUUGCCUCAGUGCAUUUGUUCCCUGGAGAGCAGGGUAAGAUACACUUCUGCCUGUUUUCCAGGAUUAUGUCACUUACCAAGGUAAUUUUCUGUUUUAGUAAGUGAUGUUAAGAAACAAGACAACACCCUUUAAAUUGUAAUCAGUAUUAGAAAAGAGAAGCUUCCUUUAUGAUCGGUCGCUUUGAUGUCCUCCAGGGUUCAUGUAGGGAUUUGUCUUUUUUCUGUUUUGAUUGACAAGACUUUUUUCUAUAUAUUUGAGCAAUUAAGCAGUCAGACCAAUAGCAGCAGGUAGAGAGGCUCACAGGAGCAAAUGUGAAAGUACUUCACAAGUGUCCUGCCAUUCACUUUGCCAUUCUGAAAUCUUGAGUGCAAUUUUCAUCUCUGAAGAAGAGUGGAAGCUGACAAGGUGAGGUGAGAUGAGUGCCUUUAAGAUGAAGCUUAGAAGGUUGUCCUAGAGUGUUGUACUAUAUUGGUGGGAAAUUUGGGUCUGAAUUCUUUAACUAAGAAUUUACAAAAUAUUUAUAAAAGCACACCCACCUCUAUUCUAUUUUGUUUAUCAGCCAAGAUCCAAAGGUUUGACUCAUGUUCUUAGAGAGGACAUAGGAAAUAGAUAAAAAACUAUGAUGGCAGAAAUUUGCAAAUUUUUUGUAUUCUAUUUUAAAUAUGCCUGGUUUGCCUUACAGAUUUUUAUUAAUUGGUGACAAAGUGCCAUAAUAGACCAGAGAAAAUCCAAAUAGAAGGAUUUUAUUAAGGUAAAGGUCACUGAAAGGUGCUGAAUUUCAGAAAUAUGUUUAAGAGAUGUUAUUUACAAUAUGCAAACCGUAUGCAAUUAUUAAUAUUUUAAUGGUAUCACUAUUCUAUUAAGUUAUCCAACCUAUGAAACUUUUUUUUUAAAGGAUGUGCCUUCACUUUUACAUAAGUGCAAUGUUUUGUUUGAAAUUGUAUUUCUUCUUGUUAAUAACAGUCAUAAUGCUUAGGGAUUUUGGUCAUAAGAUUUGGAAUUGAAAAGGUCCAUAGAGAUCAUAGUUCAGCUUCUUCAAUUUGUAGAUGAGGGAUCUGAGAUUCAAAAAAGUUUAGUAAAUGAAGCCAUUAGAUAGUGGAAAGGAUAUUUGAACCUAAACCCUCUAAUUCCCCAAACCAGUAAGCUUUCCGUUCCUUUAUAACCAUUUGAAAGAUGUAAUAGACGCCUUACUCUCUCUAAUUCACCAUCCAAGUGAGUCACUCUUAAGGGAACUGGUUGGAGAAAUUCUAGGAAUGAUUGGUGUCUAUGUUAACAUGAAGGUAGGAUCACACCUUAUUUCAUUGGGCAAAUUCUGGGAUCAUUUCCAAAUUGUCUGAUAGAUAAGCAAUGCACAUGCUAAGCAUGCAAAAUUUCCUCUCAUUCCAAGAUGCACAGCAUAACUCCUCCUGUUGCUAAUAGACAUUUUAUGCUUAUUAAUCUCAUGGGGCAGAAGAAUAGAACAAGAAUGCAGUUUCACUUUUUAAUUAACCCAUUUGUCUCUUUCUGUCUUUUUUUUUUUUGCAGGGUCAGCAUGAAACUUGGACACAUUUUCUUGGGCUUGGUGCCCCUUUUCCUCAUGAUUCACUGCAUUUGGGCCUUUAACACUUCCAAAGGGGAUCUCCGAAAAUUUGUUGGUUGUGCUGUGAGGGAGUUCACUUUUUUGGCCAAGAAGCCAGGCUGUAAGGGGUUACGGAUUACUACUGAUGCUUGCUGGGGUCGUUGUGAGACGUGGGAGAAACCUAUCCUGGAUCCUCCCUACAUUGAAGCUCACCAUCAAGUCUGCACCUACAACGAGACCAAACAGGUGACCAUCAAGUUGCCCAGCUGUGCCCCAGGCGUUGACCCUUUCUACACAUAUCCCAUGGCCAUACGGUGUGACUGUGGGGCAUGUUCUACUGCAACAACUGAAUGUGAGACUGUCUGA